AGGAAACUUCUUCCAUUUCCUUGAUCCAACGUUUCCAAACCCUGUAAUAAUAUAAUUGUUUCUCCAUUAAUGAUACUCAGAAUGUCAGAUCUCCACCAUUCUCUCAUCUUCCCUCUCUUCAUCAUUCUUCUGCUCUUCUCCCCUCCUUCAUGUGCUGAUAUAGGGACUACAAGCCAGUAUAGCCCACCUUACACUCCGACGGCUUGCUUUGGGAGCGGGGCGGCGCAGUUUCCGUCGAGCAACUAUUUCGCGGCGGCCGGCGAGGGCAUUUGGGACAACGGCGCAUCUUGUGGGAGGCAGUACUUGGUGAGCUGCAUAAGCUCCGUUUUGCCCAAAGCUUGUAAAGCGGGUCAGACCAUUCAGAUUCGGAUCGUGGAUCGAGCGCAAUCGUCGGUUUCCAAGUCAACUCGGCCGGAAACCACCAUGGUUCUUUCUGACGCCGCUUUCGCCGCCAUCGCCGACCCCUCGGCUCCGUCGUUAAAUAUAGAAUUUCAACAGGUGUAAUAAGAGAGUGGACCUUCCAUAUGGACCAUAUGCCAUGCUAGACAUAGUCUCAUCUGCCGCUCGCCACAUUUGCUAUUCAUUGAAGAAAUCGACUUUGGCUUUAUUCUUAAUUUGUUUUCAUUUUUGUACUUUACAUAUUAUUAUAAUAUAUUUUUA